UGUGUGGGACAGCUGUGUGCUGCGGCGAGACGAGAUGCUGAACGCCAAGAAGCCAUCUGCGAAGUGGCGGUGCGGAAUGCGUGGACACGAUUUCGCCUCGGAGGCCGAAGCGAGAGCGCUCUUGCCGUUUGCCUCUCGGCUGAAAUAGAUGCGGCGUAGGCGGAAUGUGCGCACAGCCGCUGCGGUCUUUCCAACGGCCCGCUCCUGUGCAGCGAUGCAAAAGGGGUUCAAGCGGCAGUGCUUUCGCACGCCGAUCGCGAGAGUCACAGCAGUGCAGGCCUCCGAGCUGCCCCUGGCCACGAGUCCGGGCACUUCCCUGCGGCGCCGGCUUUGGUCAAAAGCAAAGGCUUGACCUUGUGCAUGCCCUAAUCGUACAGAGGCUGCCGCUGGCGCAGAGAAAUGCGGAGCGAGCUUGCCGUGAGCAUCAUCGGCGACCUCGCGUACUCACAACGGCAGCACGCCAGGAACGCGCGAUGCGUAGCGCAGGGCCGCGCGCCGCCGCCGCGGAAAGCCCCCUGAGCCGUGCGCGCGGAGGCGCGCUCCGGCGGUGCAGCAGGCCGCACCAGGCACGCCUCCACUGCCCUGCGCCGCAGGCCGGUGCCCCGCAUCACGAGCUUAUGACGCCGAGAGGGCUCUUGGCCGCCGGAAAUGCAGGCACAGCGUGCAGAAGAAGCCCUUGGAGGAAUAAAGGGCUUCUGCCGCUCCGCCGCCCCUCCGCCGGCGGCUCGGAUCAGAAGUGCGUCUCCGCCGGCCGUCGGCAGACGCCGCCCGCGCGCCCCACAGCCGCUGCACUGGGUGCCGCAGGUGCCAUCGCUCGAUGCGCUUGGCGGCGCCAGCCGCCAGAGGCGAUUCGAGGCUGUGCUGCGCGCGCUCCGGGUGCCGCGUGGUGAUGAUCGACAGCCGAUGGAACAGCCUAUAAAGCCCGCUGCGUCGGCUCGUGUUCUCCAGCUCUCCACACCCAUCUCUCCACAAGCAACCCAUCCACCAUGCGCGCUCACUUCGUCCUCCUCUUGCUCCUGCCCUUUGCACUCUCCACGCCGCUACCGCCCACUCCCUUCUCGCCGCAGCACUUGGCGCGUCAGAAUCACGGCACCUGCGCCUCGUGCCUGCAGGGCUGCCAAGUCGAUCCAGCAACCGUGUGCGGCCCCGGCCCCAAGAGCAACUGCCCCACUGAUCCGGCGCAGCAGAUGGCGGUG